CGCUGGCGGUCUGCUGCGCAGCCUCACUGCGCAUACCCGGAAAAAACAAGGAGGGUGGGUUUGACCACGUGGGUUUGACCGGAGGCCCCGCAGCACGAGGACUUCAUACCAAUGAGAAGAAUAUCUAGGUGGGGGUCAUGGGGGGCCGCGGCCAUCGCGCGGGACGAGCGGCGAGGAAGCGGAGGCAGAGACGAGAGAGCGCCGUCCAGUCGGUCUCGAUGUGUCAUCAGCUGCCCUACGUGAGGCUCAUGAAGUUUCUUCACCAGCGGGGGUUCACCUCGACGACGCUGCGGCCGGCGCUCUUCGCUGACACGGGGAGAGGACUUCAAGCUGUCAGAGGAAUAAAGCCCGGCCAGCUGGUCCUUUCUCUGCCAGAAUCGUGUCUCCUCACGACCUCUACUGUUCUGCACAGCUACCUGGGACAGUACAUCAAGAGCUGGAAGCCCCGCCUCUCUCCCCUGGCGGCGCUCUGCGUCUUCCUGGUGUGCGAGCGCCACCUGGGCGAGGCCUCCGAUUGGUUCCCCUACAUCGACGUGCUGCCCGCCGCCUACACCUGCCCCGCCUACUUCGCCGACAACGCGGUGGCCGCCCUGCCGAGCGGCGCGCGGCGGCGGGCUCUGGAGCAGAGGGAGGCGGUGCGAGAAAUCCACUCGUCCCAUCGGGACUUUUUCAGGUCCCUGCAGCCGAUCCUGAGUCGGCCCGCGGACGAGGUGCUGACGUACGAAGCGCUGCGGUGGGCGUGGUGCAGCGUCAACACGCGCUCCGUCUUCAUGUCCCGCCCGUCCAACCCCUCCCUCUGCGGUGAGGACGUCUACGCUCUGGCUCCUUUCCUGGACCUUCUCAACCACCGCCCUGACGUGCAGGUGGAAGCGAGCUUCAACGACGUGACCAGGUGCUACGAAAUCAGGAGCGUCGGCGGGACGCCGCGCCACCGCCAGGCCUUCAUCAACUACGGUUCCCACGACAACCAGCGGCUGAUGCUGGAGUACGGCUUCGUCGCCGCCUGCAACCCCAACAGCGUGGUCUACGUGGAGGCAGAUCUCCUCUGUGACGUAUUGAGAGGCGACAGGGGUUUGGAUCGGAAGAUCAAGUUUCUCAAGGAGAACAAUUUCCUUCAUAACCUCACCGUGUCCAGUGACGGUCCCAGUUGGAGGCUGAUGACGGCUCUCAGGCUGUUGUCUCUGCCACAAACACUGUACAACCACUGGAAGGCGGUGUUGCUCGGCCAGGUGCUGUGUGAGGAGAGAGAGGCGUGGAGCGCCCGGACGGCCAAGACGCUGUGUCAGCGACUCCUUCGAGACACCCACACAGCUCUGGACAAGAUCUCCGGUCUCCUUGGACGGAGCGACCAGCGGGUCAGGGAGCAGCUCCACGUGGUCCAGUCCCUGCGACAGGAGGAGAGGUGCAUCCUGGGAAGCUGUCUUGAGGCGCUGGACGGCCCGCCGGGAGAGUCGGGCGAACCGUUGCCAUGCCAACCUGACGCGAGAUGACGUCUGGUUGAUGCCGGUCGCCACAAGGAGCGGAGUCAGAGGCUCCUGGCUGCUCCUCCGCCUCAGGACACGGUUCCUCAAGGAGCAGUAAGUGAGGAUACAUCGCUGCGAUUGGCGGCGUGGCCACUCUGCCUGAAACGGCUGCUCCGAGGAAAGGAUUUCUUAUUUGGUUAAACUCUCCUCUGUUUUCCUCCUGGGAGACUUAAGACGCGAGUUGAGGAGGCGAGGAAAGGAAUCAAGGAAUUCAGUCUGUGCAUAGUGUUAAAAUUUGCUGUUAGUCGACAAACACAGCAGCAGCCCGCCUCCUGGGACCAGAGGGUCACCGGAUCGAUUCCGUAGGUGAGCCGGUGAGGAUGUGGUCACCACCAUCACAGAACGACACAUGGGUCACUAACACGACUCGGUUUUGUUUAU